GGUGUCAUACUUUGACACACUGUGCUGUUGGUGUAUCGUCUUAUUUAGUGCAGGAGAGCCUUGAUCAGUACAAAAAGGGGGGUGAUUUUGUAGACCAGCCUCCUGUAGCCUUCUUUUCAGAGGGAGGCAGGAAGAGAACCAGAGCAGCUGUUGAGAGCAGACAGGAGUGAGUGUUUUGUUGUGUUGCUGAGAUGGCCAGGCUGAGUAUGUGGCGGAGCCCUGUGACGCUGCCCCUGUCCUGGAUGGAGGAGAUGGUCGCCUCAGGCGUGCGCUGCAGCAGCAGCAUGCCGGUUAUCCGGCAUGCGUAUCCAGAGAGUGGCAGCAUUGCCCGGCCGUUCAGUGAGAUUCCUGGACUCUGGAAGAACGGAGUGGUCAACCUGUACAACUUCUGGAAACUGGAUGGCUUCAGAAACCUCCACCGUAUCAUGCUGCAGAACUUCAACACAUUUGGACCCAUUUACAGAGAGAAAAUAGGUUAUUAUGAAAGUGUAAACAUCAUCAAACCAGAGGAUGCUGCAAUUCUCUUCAAAGCAGAGGGUCAUUAUCCUAAAAGGCUGAAAGUUGAAGCGUGGACGUCAUACAGAGACUACAGGAACCGCAAAUACGGGGUGCUCCUAAAGAACGGUGAAGAUUGGAGAACCAACCGUGUGAUUCUUAACAAGGAGGUGAUUUCCCUGAAGAUGCUGGAAAACUUCGUGCCACUGCUGGACGACGUGGGCCUGGAUUUCGUGGCCAGAGUUCACAAAAAAAUUAAACGAAGUGGACAGAACAAAUGGACAACCGACCUGUCACAAGACCUUUUUAAAUACGCUCUAGAGUCGGUGAGCUCAGUGCUGUAUGGAGAGCGGCUGGGCCUGAUGCUGGAUUACAUUGACCCUGAAGCGCAGCAAUUUAUUGACUGCAUCACGCUCAUGUUCAAGACCACUUCACCCAUGCUGUACAUACCUCCUGCUCUGCUGAGGCAGGUCGGAGCGAAGGUGUGGCGGGACCAUGUGGAGGCUUGGGAUGGGAUAUUUAACCAAGCUGACCGCUGCAUCCAGAACAUCUACAGGCAGCUGCGUCAAGAAACGGGAACAUCCAAGGAAUACCCAGGAGUCUUGGCCAGCCUGCUCCUGUUGGACAAGCUCUCCAUUGAAGACAUCAAAGCCAGUGUGACGGAGCUAAUGGCUGGAGGAGUAGACACUACGUCUAUAACGCUCCUGUGGACGCUGUAUGAAUUAGCUAGACACCCAAACCUCCAGGAGGACCUGAGGGCAGAGGUUGCUGCAGCUCGGGCUGCAAGUCAGGGGGACAUGCUGGACAUGCUGAAGAGGAUUCCUUUGGUCAAAGGCGCUCUUAAAGAAACUCUGAGGUUGCAUCCAGUUGCAGUGAGCUUGCAAAGAUAUAUUGCCGAAGACAUAAUUAUUCAAAACUACCACAUCCCAGCUGGGACUUUGGUCCAGCUAGGACUUUAUGCAAUGGGCAGAGACCCUAAGGUGUUUUUCCGUCCGGAGCAGUACCAGCCAUCUCGCUGGCUGAGGACGGAGACGCAGUACUUCAGAAGCCUGGGCUUUGGUUUCGGUCCCCGUCAGUGUCUGGGACGCAGGAUAGCUGAGACGGAGAUGCAGAUCUUCCUCAUCCAUAUGCUUGAAAACUUCCGAAUUGAGAAGCAGCGCAAUGUGGACGUACAGAGUACGUUUGAGCUGAUUCUCUUGCCAGACAAACCUGUAAUAUUAACUCUGAAACCUCUGCAAGUCAAUCAUUAACAGCAUUUACUAAAUGCCUGGUGCAUGGUGAGCUGUGCUCUUUUCUGUAGCUUCCAAAGGUAUUGUAGUAUAAACAUCUUAAAUUUGUUACAAAAAAUCUAGAAAUUUUAUGGUUCAGUGACCAUAUUUACUGUACAUUGCUUAAUAGUAUUUUUUUUUUAUGAUGAAAUGCUAGUCUGAGUGUGCAAAAACUGGAAUCCAUCUCAGUACUGUAAUAUAUUUAUGUAUAUCUGCACAUGAAGAAUAAACAACAAAACUGAUACAAAUGUUA